AUGGACUGGCGCCCGAUUUCUGCCGAUUCGCACAUCACCGAGCCGCCCGGCUGUUAUCUCGAUCAUAUCGAACCGGCAUUCCGCGAGCGGGCGCCGCGUGUCGUCCGUCACGAGACCAUGGGCGACAUCUAUGUCGUCGACGGCAUGAAAACGCCCGUUCCGAUGGGACUGAUCGCCGCCGCCGGCGUGGCGCCCCAGGACAUCCGGAUCGGCGGCGCGAAAUUCGAGGACCUGCAUCGCAGCGGCUGGGAUCCGUCGAGCCGCCUGCAGGAUCAGGACCGCGACGGCGUGGCCGCCGAGAUCAUCUAUCCGACGGUCGGCAUGCUGAUCUGCAAUCAUCCCGACUUCGAUUACAAGAAGGCCUGUUUCGACGCCUACAACCGGUGGCUCCAGGCCUAUUGCUCGCAUGCCCCCGAUCGUCUCAUCGGCAUGGGCCAGACGGCCAUGCGCACGGUCGCGGAAGGGAUCGCGGAUCUCGAGCGUAUCAAGGCCAUGGGGUUUCGAGGCGUGAUGAUGCCCGGCAACCCUGGCGAAAAGGAUUACGACGAUCCGGUCUACGAUCCCUUCUGGGAAGCGGCCAUCGCGCUCGAACUUCCCCUGUCGUGGCACAUCCUCACGACCUCGGGAGACAAUUCGCUCUCCAAGCCGCGCGGGCCCAAGAUAAACGGCUUCCUGUCGAUCAUCCGCGGCUGCCAGGACAUCAUGGGAAUGCUGGUCUUCAGUGGCGUAUUCGAGCGUCACCCGGCUCUACGCGUCGUCUGCGUCGAGGCCGAUGCAGGCUGGGCGCCGCACUUCAUGUAUCGCAUGGACCAUGCCUACAAGCGCCAUCGCUACUGGAUGAAGGGCAAGGAACUGGCGCGAAUGCCGUCGGACUAUUUCCGCGAGAACAUCGCGCUGACGUUUCAGGACGAUUGGACGGCGUUCCAGUUCGCCGAUCAGUUGGCGCCUCAGCAGCUCAUGUGGGCCAACGAUUUCCCGCACAGCGACUCCACCUGGCCCUGGAGCCAGGACGUGAUCGCCGAGCAGACCGGCGCAUCUGACGCCCGGAACUCAGGAAGCGAAUCCUGCGCGACAACGUCGCUGAACUCUACCGGAUCGCCGCCUAGCGGCAGCUUUUGA